GAGCCAUCGUCCGGGCCAGGAUGAGCUGGAGUUUCCUGACCCGGCUCCUGGAGGAGAUCAACAACCACUCAACCUUUGUGGGCAAGGUCUGGCUCACUGUCCUCAUCAUCUUCCGCAUCGUGCUGACGGCCGUGGGCGGCGAGUCCAUCUACUACGACGAGCAGAGCAAGUUCGUGUGUAACACGCAGCAGCCGGGCUGCGAGAACGUCUGCUACGAUGCCUUCGCGCCCCUUUCCCAUGUCCGCUUCUGGAUCUUCCAGAUCAUCAUGGUGGCCACGCCGUCCGUCAUGUACCUGGGUUUCGCCAUGCACCGCCUUGCCCGCGGGCCGGGGGGCCACCGGCGGGGGGGCGGGGGCCCGCGGGUGCGCAUGCCCGUGGUGCGGCGGGGUGCCGGGCGGGACUACGAGGAGGCAGAGGAGGAUAACGAGGAGGAUCCCAUGAUCUUCGAGGAGAUCGAGGUGGAGAAAGAGAAGGGCGGGGAGGGGGGUGAGAAACACGACGGGCGCCGGCGGAUCCGCCAGGAUGGGCUGAUGAAGGCCUACGUGCUGCAGCUGUUGUGCCGCUCGGUGCUGGAGGUGGCCUUCCUCUUCGGGCAGUACGUGCUGUACCACUUUGAGGUGAGCCCCUCGUACGUGUGCAACCGCAGCCCCUGCCCGCACAUCGUCGACUGCUUCGUCUCCCGGCCCACCGAGAAGACCAUCUUCCUGCUCAUCAUGUACGCUGUCAGCGGGCUCUGCCUCUUCCUCAACCUCCUCGAGCUCUGUCACCUGGGGAUCGGCCGCAUCCGGGACUUGGUGCGCCAGAGCAGCGACAGCCCGAGCCCCCACGACAGCCACUCUGGGCCGCACUAUGCCAAGAAGGCCCCCAGCGCGCCUCCCACCUACCACUCGCUGAAGAAAGAGCCCCUCAAGGGCCAGCUGGCCAACGGGAAGCUGGACUACAGCGGGAACCUGGCCAGCUCUGCAGCCGAGCGCUCCCGUGAGCACGAGCUGGACCGGCUGCGCAAGCACCUCCGCAUGGCCCAGGAGCACCUGGAGAUGGCCUUCCAGCUGAACCCCCCGCUGGAGACGGCCAGCCCCGCGCGCAGCAGCAGCCCUGAGGCCAACGGUCUCGCUGCCGAGCAGAACCGCCUCAACUUGGCCCACGAAAAUGAAGGGUCUGCUUGCGAGAGAACCACAGGAUUGUGAGCGGCUGGGCCCCUCAGCGGCUGCAGAGAUGGUGACAGGGAAUGGCUCGGACUGGCAAUAUGCUCCUGAGGAGACCACUGGAAUCUGGACAGCCUGUGCUGAGGAAACGGGGGAGGGGGGUGGACGACACAGGGUUGGGGGCUGAGCUUCUGAGGAGGGCUGGGCUGGGAAGCCCUCUGCCUCCUGUGGGGCUCCAGCAGGGCAGGCUGGCAUGGGGAGGUGACUUGUGGGGAGGAACAUUCCUUCACUUUUCUCACUUUUUUUAGAACAGGGAAUCUUUUAUUUUUGUACUUUUUAUAAACUUGUCAGUGCACAUCCCCAGCCCCCGCCCCAAACACCUGCGGCCCUCCUCCCCACUGGGACCUUCAGCCAGCCCCUUCCCAGCCCUGUGACACAC